AUGGAUGGCCACCUAAUUUGCACAUUGCUAGAGGUCAAAGAGGCCCAUGGUCUUGCUCAGGAUGAAGUCGACAGGCGCCUUCACGAGUUUGGUAAAAAUGGGUUUCCUACGGGGCCUUCAACGCCCUUCUGGAAGCUAGUUGUUGGUCAAUUCGAGGACACACUUGUGCGCAUUCUACUCCUGGCGGCGUUUGUGAGUUUCUGCUUGGCGGUUCUGGAAAACAACGUGAUGGACCUCGUGGAGCCGUUUAUUAUUUUGCUGAUUUUGACCCUGAAUGCUAUUGUUGGUGUUUGGCAGGAAGACCGAGCUGAAAAAGCAAUUGAUGCCUUGAAAAACUUCGUUCCUGAAACAGCUGUUGUUGUUCGUGAGGGCGUGACGCAGACGAUCCUGGCAGAAAAUCUUGUCCCUGGAGAUAUUGUCGAGGUCGCUGUUGGGGAUCGCGUCGCUGCCGAUGUUCGGCUGUUAACGCUGGAAAGCACGACGCUGCGCGUUGAUCAGUCGAUUUUGAACGGCGAGUCGGUGGAAGCCAUGAAGCAGGUGGAGUCGGUUCGUGGCAACCGGGAGCGGUUUCCUUCGAGCAUGGUUUACCGCGGCACUGCCGUUGUGUAUGGCAAGGCCCGUGGUGUCGUUGUGCGCACUGGCACAUCCACUGAGAUGGGCUUUAUCGAGCGUGAUGUGCGUGAGCAGGAGGAAACAAAGACGCCGCUGCAGCUGAAGCUGAACGAGUUCGGCGUUCUCCUAUCAGGGGUAAUUGGUUACAUUUGCCUUUUCGUGUUCGUGGUGAAUCUCCUCCACUGGUUCAGAACCCACACGCCGACCACUGAGGAGUCCUGGUUUGAGCGAUACAUUCAGCCCACCGUUCAUUCGCUGAAGGUGGCCGUCGCGUUAGCUGUCGCGGCUAUUCCUGAGGGCCUACCAGCAGUAGUCACAACGUGUCUGGCGCUUGGUGCACGCAAGAUGGCGCGACAAAACGCUCUUGUGCGCGAUCUACCGAGCGUCGAAACCCUUGGUCGAUGCACCGUAAUCUGCUCUGACAAGACGGGAACGCUAACGACGAACAUGAUGUCCGUGUCGGAGGUGGUGACAAUGGAACCGUCUGGUAAAGCCCACGAGUACAGUGUGCAUGACUCGAGGUUCAACGUCGUGGCGGCCUCCGUUUCGCACAGGGGCACUCCUGCCGGUGACGUGCUCGGCAACGACGCCGCACUGGACAUGGUGGCCACGAUUGCCACCUUGUGCAGCGAUGCAUCGCUAAUCUUCGGCACGCGCUCGGCGGAGGUGGAAAAGGUAGGGGACGCCACCGAGGCAGCUCUUCUGGUGAUGAGUGAAAAGCUCUACCACAGUGCGGCGUGGAAUGGGGUGGACGGUGCGCAUUUGCCGGUCGACCGGUGCAGAUCCUUGAAAAAGAAGCUGUGGCUCAAGAAGGCGACGCUGGAGUUUACGCGCUCUCGCAAAUCGAUGAGUGUGUGUUGCACGUCGACCGCGGACGCACGCGUUCAUAGCCUCUUUGUGAAGGGUGCGCCGGAAGAGAUUCUCAAGCGAUGCACUCGUAUCAUGUUUAAGGAUGGUCGUAUCUCACCUCUCACACCGAAGAUGGUGAAUACCGUGACGGCGAACAUCGAUCGCAUGUCCGGCACUGAGGAAGCCCUCCGCUGUAUCGCGUUUGCCUUUCGCCCCAUUCCCGACCCGAAGCAACUGGAUCUGUCUGAUCCAGCCAAGUUUGAAGCCAUCGAGAGCGACCUCACGUUUGUCGGCGUCUGCGGCAUGCUAGACCCUCCGCGGAGGGAGGUGGCAGAUGCGAUCGCCAAGUGUCGAACAGCGGGGAUUCGCGUCAUCGUCAUCACCGGCGACAAGAAGGAGACGGCAGAGGCAGUGUGCCGCCGAAUCGGACUCAUGUCAUCUGAGCCGACAAAGGGAUUGAGCUUCACCGGCUACGAGCUGGAUCAGAUGACCCCAGCACAAAGGCGGGCGGCGGUGAGCAGUGCUGUGCUUUUCAGUCGCACCGACCCCUCUCAUAAAAUGCAGUUGGUGAAUCUUCUGCAGGAGCAGAAGCUCAUUUGCGCCAUGACCGGCGACGGCGUGAACGACUCGCCGGCGCUGAAGAAGGCCGAUAUCGGGAUUGCCAUGGGCUCCGGGACAGAGGUGGCGAAGGCGGCGAGCAAGUUGGUGCUGGCAGAUGACAACUUCGCCACCGUCGUGAAGGCUGUGCAUGAGGGUCGUACCAUUUUCAACAACACAAAGCAGUUCAUCCGCUACCUCAUUAGCAGCAACAUUGGCGAGGUAGCCUGCGUUUUGGCUACGGGACUGUUUAGCCUGCCAGAAGCACUCUCGCCGAUUCAGCUCCUGUGGGUGAAUCUCGUUACGGACGGGCUGCCGGCAACCGCGCUGGGGUUCAACGCCGCCGAUCCAGACAUUAUGGAACAGGCACCGCGGCGAGGAGACGAGCCCAUUGUCGACAGAUGGCUUUUCUUUCGCUACAUGGUUGUGGGCGUCUAUGUCGGUCUGGCUACGGUCGCGGGGUUUGUCUGGUGGUUUCUGACGAACGGAUUCACCAUGGCCGACCUCGUCUCAUUCACCACGUGCACGGACAUGAGCAAUCCUAAGUGUGCAGUGCUGGCGAACCCGCAGACAGCGCGCGCCAUCGCGCUGUCCAUUCUGGUUGUUGUCGAGAUGCUGAAUGCGCUGAACGCGCUUAGUGAGAACCAGUCGCUUGUCGUGAUCCGGCCUUCGACAAACAAGUGGCUCAUUGCAGCCAUUUGCUCUUCGAUUGCGCUGCACCUGACGAUCAUGUACAUUCCGUUCUUUUCGCGCCUGUUCGGCGUCACCCCACUCGGCGUUGAUGCUGAUGUCGUUGCGACCGCGAACUCGUGGGAUGUGUUGCUGCCUACUGAUUUCACGGACUGGAAAACGGUACUUGUACUGAGCAUCCCGGUUAUUUUCCUUGACGAACUGUUAAAGCUUUUUUCGAGGUGCAGCAAUCACCACCGUGAAAACCAUAGCGCAGAGCCGGUUGUCAGAGGGCUGAGUCGUAUCUGGAAUUGA